CUUACUCCGCGACACCCCGCCCGUCUGCCCGCCGUCUCCUCCCUCCACCUCCGCUGCUUCCAGCUCCGUGAGUCGAGCUGAAGCUCAGAGGAAGAAAGUGAUCGAGACUCGACCCCAUGCAGAUCCCGAACCUGACCUAGGACCACCUGCUCCAGCUGAAGACCGGCGGGAGGACGCACGAGUGGCGGCGCUCAUCCAUGCGCGCCAGCCGAGCACGGGCAUAACCAGGGGGAGGAUCUGAGAGUGGAAUGAGACUUGAGCCGAGCAACUGUUGGGAGAAGAAGCCUUGAUGAGUCCAUGCUGAGGAGAGUCAUGCAUCUCAACAGAGAGGAAGACGGCAGCAGAGGCUCUGUGUCUCUCAGUGUUUUCCUGGUGUCUGUUGCUCUUGUAGUCUGUGCCGUCUGGCUGGUGGCCCUUUGCGGCGUCUGCACCUGGUGUCAACGAAAACUGGGGAAGAGGAAUAAACCUGGAGUGGAGGCUGCCAGCUCGCCAGAGUCCGUGAGGGGUCGAGGGGAAAAUGCCAUCAAUCACAACGACCUGGACAGAGACUUCUGGAACAACAACGAUAGCAGCAAUGUGCAGCAGAGGUGGAGCUCCUACCCACCCAAGGAGUUCCUUCUAAAUAUGUCUCCUUAUGCCCCCUAUGGAGACCCUCGCCUCACACCCAACGGGGCUGCAGAUAAAAGUGGGCAGAGCGGUGCUGGACCCUCGCCGGGUGCCAGUGACGGCGGGGGUGGUGCUUGCUCAGGGGCUGGGGCAGGGCCCAGCCGCAGUGACAGCGUCCGCAGCAUGCUGACCGGUGGCAUCAAGGCUGGACGGUGGCACACGGUCCAGAGCCACAUGCAUGCCGGAGGUCUGCGCUUUGGCAAUUUUGGAGACGCCUCCCUCUCCACAACCUCCACCCUGGAACACAUCCCGUCCUCGGCCGUGGCGCGGCCCCGUCCUCUGGUCCGGCAGCAGAGCCUCCAACAGCCCCUCACUCACCAGCCCCCUCCGGGUCCCAAUGACCCCCCUGUUACCUCACAGAGCCUGGGCCAACUGCACACCGGCCCAGGCGGUGGUGGCCACCGCGGGGGCCCACGAGGGGUCCGGGGGAGUCCUGCUGGAGCCUCCAGGUAUAGAGGGACAGGAGCAGGCCGAUCGAGGUCAAAUCCAGGGAGCUGGGACCACAUGGUGGAGCAAAUCCGGCACAGAGGACUGGACGUCAAAUCAUUUCUUGAGGGGAAGAUGGUGGUUCUGUCUCUCGCGAUUGGACUGGCUGAGCAGGAUGACUUCGCCAACCUCCCAGACCUACAAGAAGCGCCAGCAAACAAAGAAAAUGAAACCACGCCAGAGAAAAGCACUCCAGGUAACAAACCAGGGAGCAGCCCCAGAGGUCACACCCCGGACGAGAGCCGCCGUCGCCAUGGAGCGAAUCACGAAGCAAACUCUUCGGUGUCAGACUUGGCCAACUCCGUCAACAGCGACUUACUCAUGUUGUCACCAGGUUCUGAGGAAGAUGACCACGAAGGCCCCGUUUGUGAAAAGCUCGGCCGCAUCCAGUUCAGCGUUGGAUACAGUUUCCAGGACUCGACACUCACCGUCAAAAUUCUCAAGGGCCAGGAUUUACCCGCCAAGGAUUUUUCCGGCACCUCAGAUCCAUUUGUCAAACUCUACCUGCUGCCAGACAAGAAGCACAAAUUGGAGACAAAAGUGAAGAGGAAGAAUCUCAACCCCCAUUGGAACGAGACCUUCCUGUUCGAAGGAUUCCCCUUCGAGAAGGUGGUCCAGAGGACGUUGUACCUGCAGGUUCUCGACUACGACCGCUUCAGCCGAAACGACCCGAUAGGCGAGGUGUCGAUCCCCCUCAACAAGCUGGACCUGGCCAACAUGCAGACGUUCUGGAAGGAGCUGAAACCAUGUAGCGACGGCAGCGGAAGCCGAGGGGACCUGCUCGUCUCUCUGUGCUACAACCCCACAGCCAACACCAUCACUGUGAGCAUCAUCAAAGCCCGUAACCUCAAAGCCAUGGACAUUGGAGGCACUUCUGACCCCUACGUAAAAGUGUGGCUGAUGAACAAAGACAAGCGUGUGGAGAAGAAGAAGACAGUGGUAAUGAAGCGCUGUCUUAACCCUGUAUUCAACGAGUCCUUCCCUUUCGAUGUGCCUGCCCACGUGUUGAGGGAGACCACCAUAAUCAUCACCGUCAUGGACAAGGACAAGCUCAGUCGCAAUGAUGUCAUUGGGAAGAUCUAUCUGUCAUGGAAGAGUGGCCCUGCGGAAGUAAAACACUGGAAGGACAUGAUGGGUCAUCCUCGUACCACUGUAGCCCAGUGGCACGCUCUCAAAGCCUGAAGGAUCCAGCAAUCAACCUGCCGACCCGAGUGUUUUUUCAGCCCCUGCCCUCCAAACACGUCCUGUGCCCUCAAACUGCAGUCCCGUGUCGUCUCUUUGUUCUCAGGCCUCUUUGAUAUCCUUCCCUCCGCCGCCCCAGUCCGUGAGACAACGUCGCCAAAACCAUCACCCCUGUCUGCUCACGCUUCCUACUUGACUUAUCCAUUUUGUUCCCUGAACUUUCAAAAGGUCUUUGAUGUCUUUCUGCCUUUGUCCCUGGUUGAUCUUCUGCCCUCCCACAGCUCCAGUCAGUACGGAAGUCCAAAGCUCUAUAUUGAUCAUACGGACCAUCCAAAUGUCCUCUUUGGCCACUUCCCCCCAGAGUCCAAAUAAUUGUCUAAAUUGUCUUGUGUCACUGUCACUUCUACUCCGUGUCCAUGACUGAAUUAACAAAGAUGCCAAUGAAGGAGUGGAGCUGGAAUGGACCCAUUUGCGUUCCACUUCUGUGUAAUAAUCCCUCAUUGGCUAAAGCCCAGUGUUGUCUGUCAGUGCUGUGGGUGAUGUGACGUAACCCCUCGAUGAAGUUUUUUAUCUAACAGGAGAACUCCAAGCGCCAUGUGAGUGAUGCAGUUUGAGUUUAUUCUUCUAUUUUUUAGCAACACAAAACAAAGGGUGUUUGUGAUUAUUAUUAUUAUUAUUAUUAUUAGUUGAAACAGUCAGUAGUUAAUCUUUUGAACGACUUUAGUUGUAGAAUGUUCAAGUGAAACAAUGUCAACAGAGCUGCCAUAGACCAAGAUGAUGAAUGAGACCAUUGAAUUCCGUCCUCGUGUGUAAUAACAUGGUCGUGAUUACAAGUUUGAAUUGAUGAAAUAUCACCUGCUUGAGAUAUGAAAAAUUGUAAAGUAAUAUAACACAUAAAAUGACCACUGUGUACCACUAUUUCUGACUGUCUUUUCAGCAGGGGUAUGAAAUGAAGAGGCAAAAUAUUUGUCAGUGUAAGUCGGUGUCAAUAUUUUUUUGUCAAAAUGAUUAAAUAAAUAGAAAUUUUCUUGAAUAUAAUUCUAAGGUCAAGAUCAAAAUGUAUUUCCCCCCCACAUUAAAAAUCAGAUUUAACUCCAUAGAUUCUGUGGUUGGGUUUGGCAGCCCUAAUAUAAGGAUUCUUCCACCUUAGUCGAAGUACAAAAGUACGGUCAAGUGAUGUAGACAUCUCUUCCCUUUUCCGAUGUCCAUGAUGUGUUUAGAGUUCACAAACAAAUUUGUAAGUGGAGUCACCGGGAUUGUCCCGUUUACUUCUGAUGUAUCUGGUUUACAUGGAAUGGUCAGAACAUCAACUGAAUAAAUGUUUAUUUAAUCGCUAAUGAAGUCAUGAAGAGCAGGCCCAGGAUGGAAAGACAGGUGAAGUUAAGAGUGACGUUAUUUAUAGCUUUGUGAAAUCCUUUGAAGCCAGUGCAGCCCUUUAAGUUAGUGUUGUUGCUACUGAAGUAUUAUCACCUCAAAUCAGACGCCAUUAAUAAGCAAUAUGUGCGACCUCUGAUGUUCAAUUUCAUCAGGUUUUGAAUAACAUCUCAGUGACCUCACAGUAAGGAGGUUGCUGGUUUGAAUUUGGCUACAUGCUGUAUACUCCAGUUUCCCCUGUGAAUUUAGGGCCCUACAUUGUUUUUAAAGUUUGAGAGAGUCUGUAAUGUGCCAAUGAUGGAGCAACUGAGUAUUGGUCACAGCAGGGGUCAGAUCAAUUUUUUAUAACCUGUCGUUGAAUCUCACAAACUGUGUGAAAAACACAAACUGCUAGAGUUAAUUAGGUGUGUGAGUACAUUGGCCCAAAGAUGACCUUAAAUCAGCCCGGUAGAUACUUCAGCUAACCACUGCUUAGUCCUGUUCAGGGUUGCGGCGAGUGCUGGAGCCAAUCCCAGCUGUCAUCGGGCGCGAGGCAGGAAUACACCCUGGACAGGUCACACGCCGAGGGCAAUUGGGGGCCGAGUGUCCAGUUAACCUAGUGAGCAUGUCUUUGGACCGUGGGAGGAAACCGGAGUACCCGGAGAAAACCCAUGCAGGCACAGGGAGAACAUGCCAACUCCACCCAGAAAGUUAUUGCUGAGAGGCAGCAGUGCAAAACAUUGCUCUGCUACUACCCAGUCCUCCUAAUAUAUACAAGUCAUUUCUACAUACAAAAACGGACCAGUCCUGAUAACGUUUGGGUUUGCAAGAGAAGAAUCUUAUGUGUUUUUAAGUCAAAUAUGGACUCUUGUUUUCUAUUUUUGAGUGUGUGUGUAUGUUUGCAAGGGUGGUAUUGUACCCGAUUUACCUAUACUUGUGGAGACCAAUUCUUCGAAACACACUUUUUUUUCCCCUAUUUUGCCGUGUGGCGACCUUUUUGCUGGUCCUCACAAGGUUAAGUUUGAAGGUUAAAACUUCCAAGUAACUGGGUCAUUAUAAUGAGGUUCAGGUUUGGUUCAGAGUCUCGGUUAAGAGUCUUGAGGUCACGUCUUGAGGUUAUGUUUGGGGUGAGAGGCUGGGGAAAGCACUAAGGAAACAAGAGGUCCCCACAAUGACAGCGGUACAAGUGUGUGUCCCUUCUUCGCGAGUCAUUCUCUGGCACGGAACAAUUGUUUACCGUUUUUUUUCUAAACGAAGCAGAUGUACAAAGAGCCGUGUUUUUAAUGUUGUCACUGCUAAUGAGUCUCUGCUCUUAUUGACAGCACUGCUGGACCAAACCUCUCUUUAUUAGCAGGAUUGAUUUACUCACAACGGAUGACUAACACACGUCAGAUCGUAAAAUGUCUGUGAUAAACUUGAUGACAUCCUGAAUAUAGAUAUUUUCCAGCACAUAUCAGGUUAGACGAACUGAUGUGCGCUGACUCACCAAAGUCUUGCGUCCUCAAUGUCACAUUUUCCCCAACACCCCAUGUCGUGCACACAUGCUUUCUGGCACAAAGUGUUCUGUGUGUGCCUUAUAAACCCGACCACGUCCUGCUCCUCACCAUAUGUGCUCACUCUCCAAGUGUCGGGGGGGGGGAAGGGGUGAGAAAUUGACAAGAUGCUUGCUGUCAUGCAAAGAGGUGAAACACCCUUGACUCAGUCGGAGGUCAGAGCAGAGACUAUUUUACCUUGGAUUCCAUCAAACACACACCUGAUGUGUAAUAAACCAGCCAUUACUGUGACGCUGCUGAUAACAACAUUACAUUCCAAUGACUUCCUGGAAAGUCACUAUAGUCAAAACAACCUCAAAUAUUGCUUUAACACGAGUCAGGGUUUGGUAAAUUUGAUGUGUACAUUGAACCAGAUCUCACGUCUCCUUUUAGGAAUUCUCUUUGAAAACUGCUUCAAACAAAGAGAGGUUAACCAGCAACUUUUCAUUUAUUUACUGUUGAAAUGAUUGCCAAUCGUCCUGUAUGAGAAAAAAAAAAGUCCAUAUUCACAAGGGUUGUUGAUCUGUGUCAGUCUUCUGUAUCACUAAGCUGCGUCUGUGUCUCUCUUUCGUUUCUAUAGUUAGCCAUCCGUGGGGUGCACAAUGUUAAAUAUCGACCGUUUAUUUUUCUUAAAUAUGUACAGUGUAUAUAAAAAAUAUAAAUGUAUAUAAAACAAAUCCGUA